AUGUUGAAACCAUCAGACAAUAAUAAUAAACAAGAAGAAACAACUACUACGAAUUCAACAGAAAAUACAGCAAAAAUUGAUAUAAAUACUUGGAGAAAAUGUCGUUCAUUUGUUGAUCCGAAUAGUCCUUUAACCAUUCGACGACAGCUGAAUCAAGCAUGUCGAGAUCGUCUUGUUCGAACACCAACUGUUAUUGCUAUGGCUGGAUUACCAGCUCGAGGAAAAACCUAUAUAUCACGAAAAUUGGCUCGUUAUUUACAUUGGAUUGGUAUUAAAACAAAAGUUUUUAAUGUUGGUGAAUAUCGUCGUGCAGUUAAAAUACACGCUGAUAAAAAUUUCUUUGAUCCAGAUAAUGCUGAAGCCGUAGCUGUAUUAAAUCAAUGUGCACAAAAAGCACUAGAAGAUGCAUGCACUUACCUUUCUGAAGAAGGUGAAGUAGCGAUUUUUGAUGCAACAAAUAUUACACGUGAACGACGUCGAGCUAUUCAUGAAUACUGUACACAAACAUAUUGCUUUCGGGUAUUUUUUGUUGAAUCAAUAUGCGAUUCAUCGGAAAUAAUUGAAUCGAAUAUUAAAGAAGUAAAAUUAAAAAGUCCUGAUUAUAAAGAUGUUACACAAGAAGAAGCUGUAGCAGAUUUUCUUUUACGUAUUGAACAAUAUCAAAAACGUUAUGAAUCAAUUGAUGAUAAAACUGAUGAAAAACAAUUUUCAUUUAUUAAAAUUUUUAAUUGUGGUGAACGUUUUCUUGUUCAUAAAAUUGGAGGUCAUAUUCAAAGUCGUGUCGUUUAUUUUCUCAUGAAUAUUCAUGUAACACCAAGAACAAUCUAUUUAACUCGACACGGUGAAUCCGAAUUAAAUGUUCAACAACGUAUUGGUGGUGAUUCACCAUUAUCAGUUAAUGGAAGAUUGUAUGCUGAUGCACUUGCAGAAUAUGUAACUAAUGAAAAUAUUCCGGAUUUAAUUGUUUGGACAAGUCAACUGCAACGAACUAUUCAAACAGCUGCUAAAAUAAAUGCACCAAAAGAACAAUGGAAAGCUUUGAAUGAAAUAAAUGCGGGUAUAUGUGAAGGUUUAACAUAUUUAGAAAUAGCACAACGUUUUCCAGAAGAAUUUGCUUCUCGUGAUCAAAAAAAAUAUUAUUAUCGUUAUCCUGGUGGAGAGUCUUAUCAAGAUCUUGUUGCACGUCUGGAACCAGUUAUAAUGGAAUUAGAACGAGCUGAAAAUGUUCUUGUUGUGUGUCAUCAAGCUGUUGCACGCUGUAUUCUUGCUUAUUUUCUUAAUAAAGAUGCUGAUGAUCUUCCAUAUACAAAAGUACCAUUACAUACAGUGAUUAAAUUAACACCAAUGGCUUACGGUUGUUUAAUGGAAUGUAUACCAUUAGGAACUGAAGCGGUAAAUACACAUCGUGAAAAACCAAAGAAUUGUCGACCUGAUCGAACAAUAUCGGAAGCAGUAAAUGAAUUUCUUGAAGAUCAUGUUGGUACAAUUAAAAUUCGAACGAAAAGUGAAAUUGUUUAUAAAAGUGGUGGAACAAAAAUUGAAACAGUUGAUAUUGAUGGAAAUCCAGUUUCGGAUUAUGCUCGAGAAAAUAGUGGUCCAAAUUACAUAUAA